CGCCGCGCGCCGCGCGGCGAGGGCACCGAGGCCGGCGGCCAGUCGGGCGCGCUGCCCAGGGCCCGCUGGGCGGAGCUGGCCCUGCACAGGGCCAGGUCGUGGGACGCGCUGGAGGCACAGAUCGCGUGCCUGGUGGAUCAGCGGAGAAGAGACGUCAGCGCUGAGCAGAAUUUUCCGGCGGUCCCGCAGAAAGGUGGGUGGGGCCCAGGGUUCCCUUCACGAUGCUGCGUUUGAGUCGCGAUGUCGGAUCUCAUGGCCGCGCGGCUUUCUGGGAUCUGGGAUCGGCGUUGGGCCUCCCUGGCGGCGCCUCUGGCGCCGCCCUUGGCGCGUUCCGCGCAUCAAGAGGAGGGGGGGCCUAGCGUCGAUCGGAGAAAUCCGCGCGGACCCGCGGACCUUCGAAAGUUGAUGUUUGUGAGGAUUUCUUUUCUUCCAGAUCAGGCAAUUAUGGAGGCCAGCCCGCCAUCAGCUGAGAAGAAGUCCCCAGGGCGCCAGGUGCCCAGGGUGCUGACGCGGGUCGCCACGGAGCUCGCGGGCAGUUUCGGGCGAAGCGAGGCGGGGCUGAGCGAAACCCGCACAGAGGCCACGGAUUCCACGCGCGACGAUCAGGAGGAUUUCGACCUCUCCGAUGUCAGCGUGAUCAGGGACCUCGCAGGAGAAGCCAGCUUCUCUGAGGACAGUGAGUGAUAUCGCCGCCGUUGUUUCCGAUGGCGAGCCUGACGGUUCCUGCUGCGCCUCUGCGCGAGUGGCCGCUUGCGUGGGCAAACAUGAGGACCGCGAGGAUGCGGCGGCCAUGUCCCGCGUGCCUGGCUGCUUUGUGGCUCCAGCGGGCCUGCCUCCUGCCCUGAUGUGCUCGGGCUCGGGCACUGCUCCGGGCCUGCCAGCGCACGGCUCGGCGUUCGCAGACGUUGGCAGGGCCCUGCUUCUCGAGCGGGUCUGUGCCUCGGAGGACCACUUGAGGUCCGCCCUGGAAGGACGUAGCCGCCCCCACCGCCAGCAGCCGCGGAGCUCUCGAGGCGUUUCGUGACAAGUGGGGCCCACGCGCGCAUACACCGACCCGACGUCGGGCACGCUGGCAAGCCUGAAACGUAUGCCUCGCGGGCAACGCGGUUCAUCUGCCGCUUCGGCACAGUCGCUCGCAAGGAAUGCGUGUGCGUGUGGUUACGUAAGGCAAGAGCAUUCCAGAACAAGCGGGGCCCACACACGAUCCUGCAUUCCUCGCUGAGCAAGACUGCCACAGUUUCGGCGCCGGGAUGCCGCAGACGGUCAAGUCCUCUCAGGAGGCUUCUGGCUUCCCAGUUCGAGAGACGGCCAGUGUCGCUGGAUCGAACCUGAUGCUGACACGUGCGAGCCAGCAGGCCGUAUCCCUUUGUUGCUGUCCCCCCGCCCAUCUAGUGGUUUCGUUGUUUGGGGUAGUCGUGAUGGAAACGGCUGUACAUCUUGUUCCUAUCUUGAGGUUUUGUCACGUCACCUUCUCCGCUUUCCUGCUGUGUUGCUCGCAUGUAAACUCAAUGUGUCUCAGCCCUGGAGUUUUCGGGGUAUCCGAUGCCGCGCGGUGCAUGGAAGGUACCCCGAUUUGUUUAAACGGUUGCAGCAGUUUUAAGCGCAGCAGCGGCAGCCCACGGUCAGGAUUGCUCGCGAUGAAUGAUGGGUAGAAGAGGUUC